AUGGCGCCGCCGCCUCCACGCGCCCUCGUCAACCCGAACUGCCCCCCUGGUCUGGAGUACCUGACGCAGGUCGACCAGCUGGUGGUCAUUCAGGAGGUGGACAUGCUGCAGGUCUUCACCGGCUACGAGUCGCACAACCGCUACUCGGUGAAGAACGCCGCCAACCAGAACGUCUACUACUGUGUGGAGACCUCGGACGUGCUCACCAUGAACCUCAUGCACUCUGACCGACCAUUCGAGAUCAUUGUGAUGGACAACUUUGGCGUUCCGGUGCUGCGUGCCUCGCGACCCUACCACUUUGGCAGCAUUCUCUGCGGCUGCCCUGAUCUGCUGCAGGUCAGCACUGGCAAUGGCCAGCCCCUGGGCACGGUGCAGGAGCAAUUCAAGUGUUGUGGCUCUCGUUUCACCGUGCACGACGCCAACGGCGGUGUGGUGCUCUUCCUCGAGGGCCCUCCCUGUCGCUUCGACUUUCUUGACACCGAGUUUGAGGUGCUCACCACCGACGAGGCAAAGGUGGGCGCCGUCACUCGCCAAUUUCCGGGCUUCUUUAAGGAACUCUACACUAAGGCUGAUGUCUUCGGUGUUCACUUCCCCGUUGACCUCCAGGUGGAGGUGAAGGCUCUCCUUCUCUGUAGCACUUUCCUCAUUGAUUUCAUGUUCUACCAGCAAAAGGACAACGAAAAGAAUGAUGGCGGUUUCGGUGGCAGCAGUAGUAAUGACAGCAACAAUGAUCGUGGCCGCAGUCGCAGUCCUCGCCGAUCCGUUAGCCGCAACUCUCCCGAUGUGGACAUGAACAUGGGGCUAGGCAACUCAAUGGACGUCGACAUGAACAUGGGCCUGUGA